AUGCCUCAAGCCAAGUUUUGUAUUGCCAGUCCAUCUAGUGCUGGAUGGGCAGGGAGGGAGUUUGUCCUAUCAUUCCUGCAGAAUUAUAAUACAAAUUAUGAUACUCCUUGCUUUAAGCUCCUCAUCACUGCCAUUCAGCCCAAUGCUAAAGUGGUAGUGCAAGUGCCUACCUUAAAAUUUAAGGAAGAGAAAAUUCUAAAUACUGGAGAUGGGAUCACUGUCAGUCUCCCUGCUGCUGUUGAGAUGUCUGGCAUUGUGAAGUCUCUCAACACCGUGCGUAUUGAAGCCUCAGCAGAUGUGUCUGUGUCUUCAUUCAGUUCCAAGUUGUACACGGGAGACACCUCUGUGGUGCAUCCUAUCACUGACUGGGGUACAGAGUAUGUCAUAUUUACACCUGAAGGAUCGCCCGCUGGCUCCUUCAAAGAGUUCGCUGUGACAAAUGGAAAAGAGAGCAACAAAAUAGAGAUUUCUCCAUAUGGUCUAAUCAAAUUCGAGGGUAAGGCCUAUCGGCUGGGCAGUCGCAUGGUAAUAGAUCUUCAGCCAUAUGAGAGUAUCCAGCUUCAGAGUGAGGAAGACCUUACAGGCACCCAAGUUACUUCCCAACGCCCUGUUGCUGUUUUCACGGGUCACACUUGCACCUGGCAAUUUUCAAGAUGUGACCAUGUUUAUGAGCAGCUACUGCCAGUAAGUAGCUGGGGAUCCAACUUUAUUGUGCCUCCCCUGAAACACCAGACCAAAUAUGAUAGUGUCUACCUCCAGGCCUCCCAGCCCACUCAAGCCACCGUGCAAUUAGGCAACCGUGAACAGACUAUAAGGUUGGUCAAAGGGCAGAGGACGGAGUUCCGCUUCACCAAUCCUUUAACAAUGUCCCUUAAGUGUGAUCAUGGCAUCCAGGUGUUGCUGCUCUUCAAUGGUGUCACACUGGACGGGGGUAAAUUCUAUGAUCCUUUCUUGAUAAACAUCCUGUCCACAGAUCAGUUCUGUACCUCUUAUUCACUAGAAGCUCUAGAAGGCUUUGAAAAUCAAGCCUUGUUUGUGGCACAGACCAAAGCAACAGCAGAACUUCGUAUUGAUGGUGCAAACCUGGCCGAUGUCCAGUGGAAGCCAGUUACAGGGACAGAUUUCUCUUGGGCUUUCAUGCCCUACAGCACCACAUCUGGCAAAAGCAGACACACUGUGUCCAGCUCUGGUUCCAAGUUUGGUCUCUACAGUAUAGGUGUCGGCCAGAUGACUGGUUAUGGUUCCCCAGCACAAUGUUUACAGCCAGGAAGUGGAUCUUUGUCCUGUAGUAGUAUCACCUGCAGUGACAAUGAGGUGUGUGAGAUGAAGGAAGGGUAUCCCUCCUGUGUCCCCAAACCUGUGGAAACCAAGCCUGGUACCUGCUGGGCUAUGGGAGAUCCUCACUACCGUACCUUUGAUAACCGAUACUUUGACUUCAUGGGUACCUGCACGUACGUCAUUGCUAAAAACUGUGGAAAGGAUGAUAAACUUCCAGCCUUUGAGGUCCUCGCCCAGAAUGAGAACAGAGGAAGCCUUAGGGUGUCUUAUGUCGCGCGGGUCAUAGUGAAGGCGUAUGAUGUCACUAUCACAGUAGUUCGGUCUGAGACCGGUCGUGUAAGGAUUAACAACACUCUGUGGAGUUUGCCCUUAACCUUGAACAACAACCAGCUGAAUUUAUUUCAGAGUGGCCGCUCUGUGGUCAUUGAAGCUGCUUUUGGUCUGACAGCCCGUUAUGACUGGCAACAGUAUCUUGAGGUCACUCUGUCUGGCAGUUAUGCUGGUAAAACUUGUGGUCUCUGUGGCAAUUUCAAUGGCAAUCCCAGUGAUGAUUUCACCACACCCUCUGGCACCCAGGCAGAUGGGCCCUUGGCCUUUGGGAGCAGCUGGAAGGUGCCUGGGCCGGCUGACAAUCCUAAGUGCAGAGAUGACUGUGUGGGUGGGUGUGAGCGCUGUGAGGACAGCCAGAUGGCAAAGUGGCAGGGUGACAUGUUUUGUGGGCUCCUCACAGUUGUAGAAAAUGGACUAUUCCGCAAAUGUCAUUCUGUCAUUGACCCUAAAGUAUACCUGGAGAACUGUAAAUAUGAUCUCUGCAUGGGAGGUGGCCUUCGACAUUUUCUUUGCAGGUCACUGGAAGCUUACACUGAAGCCUGCCAGCUUGCUGGGAUCCAGAUUCCAGAGUGGAGGAUAACUGCACAAUGCCCUGCCGAUUGUCCAGCCAACAGCCACUAUGAACUCUGUGGCAGUUCCUGUCCUGCCACUUGUUCUGAUCCUAAGGCCCCUACCAAAUGCAAACGCCCCUGUGUGGAGACAUGCACCUGCAACACAGGCUUUGUUUGGAGCGGAAGUCAGUGCGUGCCUGAAGCCCAGUGUGGCUGUAGCUACGAGGGUCGAUACAUCCCUGUUGGGGAGUCAUUCUGGGCUGACCAGGGCUGUCAGCAAUGGUGUACGUGUGUUGCUGGUAGCAGACGUGUGGAGUGCAAGAAUAAAGGCUGUGGGGCAGGGCAGCAGUGCCAGGUAGUAGAGGGCAUAAGAAAGUGCCAAGCUGUCUCUGAGAGCACCUGCCAGGCCACAGGUGACCCCCAUUAUGUGACCUUUGACAAGAAGAGGUUUGAUUUCCAGGGCACAUGUGUAUACCAACUGGCUGCACUCUGCUCUAAGAACCCUGAGUUGGUGCCUUUUGAAGUGCUGGUGCAGAAUGAUCACCGGGGUAGCAAAGUGGUUGCCUACACCAAGUUAGUAGAGAUCAAGGUGUAUUCCCUCAGCAUUGUCAUUACUAAGACACACAAGGGCCUGAUUAUGGUUAAUGAAGAGUUGGUCAACCUGCCUGUCACUCUGGCUGAAGGACAGGUGUCUGUGUAUAAGAGUGGCUUGUAUGCUGUUGUCACCGUAAACUUUGGUCUCAAAGUCACCUUCAACUGGGAGAGUGCAGUGUUUGUUACACUGCCGAGCAACUACAUGGACGCUGUUUGUGGCCUCUGUGGCAACUAUAACGGCAAACCUCAGGAUGAUUUGAUUCCAAAGAACGGUGACAAACCCGUUUCCCAAGCAGAGUUUGGUACCAGCUGGAAAGUGGCCGACAUCCCAGGCUGUGUUAAUGGCUGUAAAGGAGUCUGCCCUGACUGUGACAUUAACCAGAAGGUUCAGUAUGAGAAAGGAGAUUUCUGUGGCAUAUUGCGGGACCCCAAAGGGCCUUUCCGUGAUUGCCAUGCUAAGGUGGACCCAGCUGGCUACUUUGAAGACUGUGUUUAUGAUGUUUGCUUGUAUAAGGGCAAAAAGGAUGUGCUGUGUCAAGCUAUUACAGCAUACACAACUGCCUGCCAGUCUGCGGGUGCCAAGGUGUACUCUUGGAGAACCAAUGAGUUCUGUGCGGUGAAAUGUCCAGCCAACAGCCACUAUGAAGUUUAUGCAGACCCCUGCCCUGCCACUUGCCAGAGUCUGGGCCCUCCUGUAGGCUGCCAGGGUCAAUGGAAAGAGGGCUGUUCCUGUGAUGAGGGGUACAUGCUCAGCGGAGAUAUCUGUGUUCCCUACUCACAGUGCGGCUGCUUCUACAAGAACAACAACCGCUACUAUCGCAUCGGUGAAGUGUUUUAUCCCAGUGGGGAGUGUCAGGAGGAGUGCAACUGCACACAAAGUGGACAGGUUGUAUGCAAGAAGUUUUCAUGUGGCCCUAAUGAGAAGUGUAAAGUAGAAGAUGGCAUCCAAAAAUGUCACCCCGUUGGUAAUGCGACCUGCCACGCCUCUGGUGACCCCCAUUACCGCUCUUUUGAUGGGCAAACAUUCGAUUUCCAGGGCACCUGCACCUACACACUCGCAAAGAGCUGUGGCCUGGAAGGCACCCGUCUGGUGGCCUUUUCUGUUGUUGUGGAGAAUGUGGAGUGGACCCAGAUGAACGUCAAAGGGGUGUCUGUCACUAAGAUGGUUGCUGUGGAGGUCUAUGGCUUCACUCUCAUUAUGAGGAACAACAUGUUUGGAGUCCUGGUAAAUGGGGUGUUUAACUAUCUUCCUGUGAAUCUUAAUAAUGGCGCAGUGCUGGUCUAUCAAGAAGGCAUGCGUUAUGUUAUUGCAAUGGAUAACGGGGUGGUUGUCACUUAUGACCUGGUCUUCCAUGCAACUGUCACAGUACCUGGUAAUUACCGUGACAAGGUCUGUGGCUUGUGUGGCAACUUCAACGGUAACCAAAAAGAUGACUUCCAAAUGCCCGACCGCCGCCUCGCCAACAAUGCGAAUGCGUUUGGAAAAUCAUGGAAGGUCACCAUUCCUAAUGUGGUGUGCAACGACGGCUGUGAAGGGAAUUCCUGUCCGAAAUGUGACCCAACUCGCAAGGCUAUUUUUUCAAAGCCCACUUACUGUGGUAUUGUUACAGCACCCACUGGUCCUUUUGCAGUGUGCCAUAGUAAACUGGACCCACAACCAUACUUUGAUAACUGUGUGUUUGAUCUGUGUGCUUCCAACGGCGAUGGAAACGUGCUAUGUAACAGCAUUGCAGCCUAUGCCUACAACUGUCACAUGGCAGGAGCAGAUGUCAAAAACUGGAGGACGACUUCAUUCUGUCCCAUGAAAUGCCCAGCCAACAGUCACUAUGAGGAGUGUGCAGACGCCUGCUUUGCACCCUGCCCAGGCCUCACAGAGAUAGUUCAGUGCCCCGCCAGCUGUACAGAAGGCUGUCAAUGUGAUCCUGGGUUCGCAUUCAACGGACAGAUGUGUGUUAAAGAGACUGAGUGUGGCUGCUAUGAGAGAGGAAAAACCUACAAGCCUGGUGAGGUUGUGUAUGAAGAAAACUGUAACACGAAGUGCACCUGUGAUCCAAUGACAGGCCUCAAAUGUGAAAAAUACUCCUGCCCUGCAAGCACCAAGUGCAUGGUCAAGAGAGAGAUCAUGGCAUGCUACAACACAGAUCCCUGCAAAGAUGCUAAUUGUCGGGUCAAGGAGACGUGCCGUGUUGAGAAGGGUGAAGCUGUCUGCAUCCCUGAUUUCACCGGCAUCUGCUGGGCCUGGGGUGACCCUCACUACCACACUUUUGAUGGUUACAACUAUGAUUUCCAGGGUACCUGCAAGUACAUCAUCUCCCAGACUUGUGGGAACCUGGACGGGCUAGUGCCAUUCUCAAUCACGGAGAGGAAUGAUAAUCGAGGAAACGCAAUCGUUUCUUACGUCAGGGAUGUAGACGUAUCUGUGUAUGGGUACACCAUUACCAUGAGCAAGAACCAGAUUGGUCGGGUCACGGUGAACGGGGAGCUGCUGAAUCUGCCUGUACGACUGGGUGAUGGUGAAGUUUCAUUAUACCAGUCUGGUGCCAAUAUAGUGGCGGAGACUAAAUUUGGCCUAAUUGUCACCUAUGACUGCAAUUGGUCACUAUACAUUAAACUACCCAGCAGCUACUACGGUAGUGUCUGUGGUCUGUGUGGCAAUUUCAACGGUAAGACUACUGAUGAGCUCCAGAAUCCAGCCGGUAAAGCUGUGUCCUCAGUUAUAGAAUUUGGCAAGAGCUGGCAAACACCUGACCAGGACAAGGAUUAUCCUUGCUGGGACACAUGUGAGAAAGACUGUCCCACCUGUGAUGGUAACCUGGUUAAGCUCUAUGAGACUGAGGCUACCUGUGGGGCCCUUGCAGCCAAGACCAACGGUGUGUUCCAGCAAUGUCAUGGAAAAGUGGACCCUCAGGCCUUCAUGAACAGCUGUGUGUAUGAUGUGUGUAUGAAUAAGGGAGACAUGAAGAUGUUUUGCCAGGCGUUGGCCUCCUACGAUAAGCAGUGUCGUGAACAAGGAAUAAUAAUCAAGGGCUGGAGGGCAAAGUUUAAUUGUCCAAUGAACUGUCAGCCACACAGCCAUUAUGAAGACUGUGCCAGUGCAUGCCAGCCAUCCUGCCCAUUCCCCGAUGAGAAGAAGAUCUGCAUAGCUUCCUGUGUUGAGGCCUGUGUGUGUGAUACAGGUUACGUUCUCAGUGCUGGUGUCUGUGUGCCAGCUAAAACAUGCGGUUGCUCUUAUCAGGGUCGCUAUUACAAGCCAGGCCAGCGCUUCUGGGCUGACGAGGCCUGCGGUCGCCUGUGUGAGUGUGAUACCAGUCUGCAAAUGGUGACAUGCCGCGAGGCAUCCUGCUCUGCCAAUGAAUUUUGCACCGUAGUUGAUGGAGAGCGUGCCUGCAAGCCCAUCAGUUAUGCCACAUGCACAGCCGCAGGUGACCCACACUACCACACUUUUGAUGGCAAAAAGUAUGACUUCCAGGGCACAUGUGUAUAUCAGCUAGUGGGACUGUGCUCUCAGCAGCCUGGGCUAGUGCCAUUCAAGGUGACUGUGCAGAACGACCACCGGGGCAGCAAUGCCGUAGCCUAUACAAGGACUGUCACAUUUUCCAUAUACGGCAUCACCCUCACCAUCAGCAGAGAAUACCCCAAUAGGGUCCUGCUCAACGGGCAGCUUGCUUUAUUGCCACUGGAUUACAAUAACGUGCUGGUCGUGUUUCUCAGUGGCCGAACAGCUGUAGUAGAGACAGCUGCUGGUAUCACCGUGACCUAUGACUGGUGGAGCACGGUGAGCGUUACUCUGCCCAGCAACUACCAGAGCGCAGUCUGCGGUCUGUGUGGAAACUACAAUGGAAAAGCUCAGGAUGACCUGACCAUGCAGAGUGGCCAGAUUGCCCCUGAUGCAACCAAGCUAGGGGAGAGCUGGCAGGUGGCCACCGUACCAGGCUGUGCUGCAGCCUGCCAAGGGCCAUGGUGCCAGGUUUGUUCAGACUCCCAGAAGAAAGUGUACGAAGCCCAGACGUACUGUGGCAUUAUUGCUGACAAGGCAGGGCCGUUCAGAGAUUGUCACCGCAUUGUGGAUCCUACUCCUUACCUGGAGGACUGUAUGUAUGAUGCCUGUCAGUAUCAUGGUCACCAAGGGUCCAUCUGUGAUGCAGUGAAAACGUAUGUCUCAGCCUGUCAGAGCCAAGGAAUCACCAUCUACUCCUGGAGAACAGACAGUUUCUGUCCAAUGGUGUGUGCAGCUAACAGCCAUUAUACUCUGUGUGCCAGGGGUUGCCCAACCACCUGUGCCAGCCUAACCUCCCUUACCACCUGCCACAGGAAUUGUACAGAAUCUUGUGAAUGUGACCAAAACUACAUACUGAGUGGGGGUACUUGUGUACCUGUAAAAGAGUGUGGAUGCUCAUACAAUGGUCAAUACUAUAAGAAAGGAGAUGUCUUCUACCCUGAAGACAAAUGCAUGCAGCAGUGUGUCUGUGGGGAGAAUGGUGCAGUUACUUGUCAACAGGCCAAAUGUCGUCCAGGAGAGAUCUGUAUGCUUAAAGAUGGAGUGCAAGGCUGCCACCCUGAGGGGCAAGGCAAGUGUGUGGCUUCUGGUGACCCUCACUACAUUUCUUUUGAUGGACGGAAGUUUGAUUUCCAGGGAACCUGUGUCUAUGUAUUGGCCAAGGUAUGUGGUAAUGACAAUGGCCAGCUGACACCAUUCACUGUAACUCAGGGGAAUGUGAAGUAUGGAAAUGGAUUAGUGGCUGUUACCAAGUCAGUUGCAGUGGCAGUCUAUGAUUAUGUCAUCUACAUCCAGCAGGGAGUCCGAUGGAAAGUUACUGUGAAUGAUGAAAUUCUAAACCUUCCUCUCUCCCUGGGUGAUGGGCGUGUCAAAGUCACCCAGGAAGGUCUCAACGUGGUUGUCCGGACAGACUUUGGACUGACGGCGCUCUAUGACACAGUCUAUUACGUUGAGGUGAUUGUGCCUUCUACAUACCAGGGUAAGAUGUGUGGUCUUUGUGGCAACUACAACAAGAACGCUGGUGAUGACUUCAUACUUCCUGGUGGCAAACAAACGAACAACGUUGAUGACUUUGGGAAGGCAUGGGUGGUGGACCUGCCUGGGAAUGUGUGUGGUGGCUGUGGAGGACAGUGCCCAGUAUGUGAGCAGGCCAAGGCUACUUUAUUUGGAAAACCCGACUCCUGUGGCAUCAUAAAUGCACCCAAUGGGCCUUUCAAAGCGUGCUACAGUAAAAUUGACCCAGCAACAUAUGUGUCUCAUUGCAUCUUUGAUGUGUGUGCAUUAAAUGGCAACAAAGAUACUCUGUGUAACAGUGUACAGGCCUACGCUUUGGCCUGCCAGAGUGCAGGAGUUCAAAUCCAGCCAUGGAGGAGCAGCUCCUUCUGCCCUCUUUCCUGCCCUCCCCACAGUCACUAUGAGAUACGUGCAGACACCUGUGGUGGAACCUGUGCCAGCUUUAUUUACCCAUCUUCCUGUCCUGAAAGCAUUUUUGAAGGAUGCCAGUGUGAUGAUGGCUUUGUUUUUGAUGGCAUCCAGUGUGUUGCCUUAGAAAACUGUGGGUGUAUGUAUGACGGCAGAUACCUGACGGCGGGCGAAGCAGUGGUGGACAAAGACUGUAAGUCCAAGUGUGUGUGCCAGGCAUCUGGGCUGGUGAAGUGUGACAAACUGUCCUGCGCCAGUGGGGAAGUUUGUCUUACAAGAGAUGGGGUCAGAGGUUGUUACAUCAAACAGGGCCGCUGCAGCGUCAGCCAACUUGGCCUCCUCAGCUCCUUUGAUGGCGUAUCUGGAGCAAUAGGUGCUCAAGGGGCAUUUGAAAUGGCAUCUCUGUGCGACGUGAAUGCUGCACAGUGGUUCCGUGUGGUUGUGGACGCCAGGGUGUGCACUAAAGGGGCAUCGCUCACUGCUGCCACUGUGCAUGUGUUUUUCAAGGAAACAGUUAUCACAGUUAACAGCCAGCAAGUGACCUGGGUAAACGGCAGGAAAGUUGCCCUUCCCAGCAAAGUGACAAGUGAGAUUUCUGUCCAGAUCUCAGACAAGACCGUUAUCAUCGAGAGGGCAUCUGCUGUACGGGUCACCUACUCAGUUUCACAGGAGGUCAAUGUCAUUGUUGACGGCAGCCUAUCCAGUAAAAUGUGUGGAACCUGUGGCAAUUACAAUGACAACUCCAAAGAUGAUAUGACGACCGCAGAUGGGAAAAUCACCACUGAUAUGUCUGAGGUCAUUGCCUCCUGGAGCGCUGGGGACUUCUCUAGAUGUGGCCUGUAGAGAUGUUGGUUCUGUGGUGAUGGAACACAUCUGCUAUACAGGAUGAAGAAGAAUGUCAAGUCAUUUGGCUAAACUUGCUUGGACUUGCCUACAGCCAGUCUUGCUCAUCAUACCUCUGCACUUCCUCUUAAUUCAUGGCAUGGUUUGGGUUGUUUACUGCUAGUCUGGUUCUCUGUUGUUCUCUUUGGAGUACAGUAAUAAGCAAAAUCUGUCUUAUUAUUGACAAACAUCUCCAUCUAGUGGAGGAGGAAAUUAUAGCAUACAUUUUCCA